AUGCGGGAAGCGGGGAAGGCGGGUGGGAUGGAGCAGCGAGCCCAUGGGGAACAGCACAUCCUGCCAGGCUGUGAGGAAGCCCUUGCCUCUUCUUGACUACCACUUGCCACAUCUCCGCUGAAAAGAGCACAAUUCGGCAUAGACAGUAGUCAAGGAAUUACUUCUGAUCUGGAAACCAAGAGCAGAGCUUGGAGGGAUGUACUGUGCAAAACUCAAGACACAGGUAUUUCGAAAUUCUUUUCUAACUUUUAAGAACAUUUUUGCUCAAGGGUAUAUCUGAGGGUUCUGCACGUGUGUGUGUGUGUGUGUGUGUGUGUGUGUGUGAAAUAUGAGGUCAUUUUAAGAAUAACUUUUGUUGUCUGGGUAAUGCCUUGCUCCACAAGAGAAUACAUAGUUGAAGGAGGGGCUUUUGUACAGCUGCAAUCUGCACAAUACAGUGUGUCACAUCUUUGGAGCUGCAAGUCUAAAUAGAAAGCUUGCUGAGGAAUCCUUGGCCUUUAUUAAUGCUCCUUUAGGCUUCCACAAUGGAAUCGGUGUUCCCCAGUUACAAAGUUUGGGCAUCAUCCCGUCAAAUUUAGUUCCCAUUGUUUUCAAGGAAAUGUGAUUUCAGUAAACGAGAUUUAAGAAACUUGCAAGGCACCUUUAAAACAAGAGACUGAGAUUAAAAUUGAUUGGCUUAUUUAAAAUAAAGAUAAUGUACUAAUAGGGGGUUCAGAUUGUUGCAGCUAUCAUGUCUAGAAUCUUUUACUUGCUGAUGUGCUAUAUUUAUUUAAAGUACAAAAGAUUUGGAUUACAGCAGCAUUAAUCUGACAAUAACACCUGCACUUUUAGGGGUUUUCAAAUGGCUUUAACUGAAAACCAGUUAUCCAUUUUGCCUGUUGAAGAGCUUCACAUACUCCCAAAAGAAGAUGAUGGUGCAAAAAAAGGUCCUAUUUUGUGCCCCUCUUUCAAUUUUAAAUGAACCAAAAUGUUAUUUUGUUGAUCUCUCAGAAAAGGUAAGAAUUCCAGGUGAAGAUCCACAGUACAAUCGGAAUGCUAGCAGCAGCAUUUCAAGUUAAUAAGAGCUACUCUGGUAUUCCCUUCUCUUCCUUUUCAGGCAAUAAUUUAGGCAGGAGGCAACUUGAAUAAUAUAUGACAAUAAAGAAAGUGAAGGAGGUGCUUUAGUUUAGUUUAUAAGCUUUUAGUGUGAGGGUUGUGACCAUUCAGUUGUGUCUAAUUAUGGUGGAUCCUAUUCAUGUCACAACCACUAUUUUUCUUUGUCUUUUUACACUUUAACAGGAGAAAGAGAGAGAAUGAAAAAGGCAAAUAUGCAUAACUAAAAUAUAAAAAUUCCUGUAUCUGGUGAUGGGAGUUAAAUGGGAAUGGCAGGUCUGGAAAGGUUGAUGAAGGCUGUCCUAUUAGACACUGACAGCAAUCUAGCACUGUGGUCCUCAACCAACUCUUCCAAAGUUGUCCAAUAUGACUGUAAAACCACCCAAAUCCUGUGGGGUGGAAUUCAUAAAAUCAUUACUUAAAUCGCAGGGCUAAAUUGUUUUGAGCGAAAGGGAGUCCAAGGCUGGCCAUCCACCCAUUGAGUCCACUCUUUUCUCUCUCACAUUUUUUCUGUAUUGCAUUCAAAUAUAAGUCCAUCCUGUCACUCUUUCUUGCUUGACCCACAGAAACCAGCAGAAUCUGCCAUUUGUUUGGUAGAUACUGUAUAAGAAAAGGUAAAAAACAAACAAACCCUAAACCUCCAGAGAUGGUACAGGCAUUUACCUUCUGCUGUCACGAUAUAUUUGUAAAAUACUACAUCUAAGCUUUUCACCAUGCUUCCUCCCUUGCCCGACUUGGGAUGUGAUAUUUAAAUAUCUUUAAUACAGGACAGCUAGAUGCAGGGCAGAGUGUCGGGGAAUUUCUUUCCAAGGCUUCCUUGGCUCACAUCCCCCGCUGACACCCUUCUUUCCCUCCGUUCUGCUUGUUACGUCUUCUCCUCCACCACAGAAAGCUCUUCAGGACUGGGACUUAGUGUUUUGUUUUUGCCUACAUUGCCCUUUCAAGUUCUUCAGGCAAAUUAGGACAUAGCUCAAAAGGGUGUACUGUGUUUUCAAAGAAAACUCAACAAAACCAUUCUUAGUAUAAAAUAAAGAGUUCUAAAAUACUUUCUUGCAUGUAAGUCUCCUGAUAUGGCCAGGUAAUUGCAUCUGCAUAAUAAAAUCCAUCCCUUCACUAUUAUAAUUAAUAAUUAUUUGAUUAUAUCUUUGAGCUGGUGCUUCUCAUGUUUUACCAUCAACUUUAAGGGUCUGCCUGCCUCCACCCAAGUUGGAAUAUCGUUCAGAGGUAGAACUAAGAACUAUUUAUUAAAUGAUUGAACAUAUAGACGAAAUUCUGCUGGAAAGUUUUUUUUAUUUCUCUGUAUGGAAACCCUUGGUAAAUAGCAGAGAGAAGAUUUCCUGGUGGAAAAGCACCACUUCCAGCCAGGGUGAAAGUCAAGCAGGUCUUUCCCCCCCAUUUUGUUUCAGUGUCUCCCUUAAAAAAAUAAAAAUCGCUCCCAUCGAAGUGAAUGGGAAGGAAAGCCACUUCAGGUCUUGCAACAGACAUGACUAAGACCUGUUAUUUUCAAUAGGUCUACUCUGAGUAGUUUUGUUGUUGUUGUUUAGUAGUUUAGUUGUGUCCGACUCUUCGUGACCCCAUGGACCAGAGCACGCCAGGCACUCCUGUCUUCCACUGCCUCCCGCAGUUUGGUCAGACUCAUGUUUGUAGCUUCGAGAACACUGUCCAACCAUCUCAUCCUCUGUCGUCCCCUUCUUCUUGUGCCCUCAAUCUUUCCCAACAUCAGGGUCUUUUCCAGGGAGUCUUCUCUUCUCAUGAGGUGGCCAAAGUAUUGGAGCCUCAGCUUCAUGAUCUGUCCUUCCAGGGAGCACUCAGGGCUGAUUUCCUUAAGAAUGGAUACGUUUGAUCUUCUUGCAGUCCAUGGGACUCUCAAGAGUCUCCUCCAGCACCAUAAUUCAAAAGCAUCAAUUCUUCGGCAAUCAGCCUUCUUUAUGGUCCAGCUCUCACUUCCAUACAUCACUACUGGGAAAACCAUGGCUUUUACUAUACGGACCUUUGUUGGCAAGGUGAUGUCUCUGCUAUUUAAGAUGUUGUCUAGAUUUGCCAUCGCCUUUCUCCCAAGGAGCAGGCGUCUUUUACUUUCGUGACUGCUGUCACCAUCUGCAGUGAUCAUGGAGCCCAAGAAAGUAAAAUCUCUCACUGCCUCCAUUUCUUUCCCCUCUAUUUGCCAGGAGGUGAUGGGCCCAGUGGCCAUGAUCUUCGUUUUUUUGAUGUUGAGGUUGUUGAUAUUUCUUCCAGCGAUCUUAAUUCCGGCUUGGGAUUCAUCCAGCCCAGCCUUUCACAUAAUGAAUUCUGCAUUUAAGUUAAAUAAGCAGGGAGACAAUAUACAGCCUUGCCGUACUCCUUUCCCAAUUUUGAACCAAUCAGUUGUUCCAUAUCCAGUUCUAACUGUAGCUUCUUGUCCCACAUAGAGAUUUCUCAGGAGACAGAUGAGGUGAUCAGGCACUCCCAUUUCUUUGAGAACUUGCCAUAGUUUGCUGCAGUCAAAGGCUUUUGCAUAGUCAAUGAAGCAGAAGUAGAUGUCUUUCUGGAACUCUCUAGCUUUCUCCAUAAUCCAGCGCAUGUUUGCAAUUUGGUCUCUGGUUCCUCUGCCCCUUCGAAAUCCAGCUUGCACUUCUGGGAGUUCUCAGUCCACAUACUGCUUAAGCCUGCCUUGUAUAAUUUUAAGCAUAACCUUGCUAGCGUGUGAAAUGAGUGCAAUUGUGCGGUAGUUGGAGCAUUCUUUGGCACUGCCCUUCUUUGGGAUUGGGAUAUAGACUGAUCUUCUCCAAUCCUCUGGCCACUGCUGAGUUUUCCAAAUUUGCUGGCAUAUUGAGUGUAGCACCUUAACAGCAUCAUCUUUUAAAAUUUUAAAUAGUUCAGCUAGAAUAUCAUCACUUCCACUGGCCUUGUUAUUAGCAGUGCUUUCUAAGGCCCAUUUGACUUCACUCUCCAGGAUGUCUGCUCAAGGUCAGCAACCACACUACCUGGGGUAUACGAGACAUCCAUUUCUUUCUGGUAUAAUUCCUCUGUGUAUUCUUGCCACCUCUUCUUCAUGUCUUCUGCUUCUGUUAGGUCCUUUCCACUUUUGUCUUUUAUUAUGGUAAUCUUUGUACGAAAUGUUCCUUUCAUAUCUCCAAUUUUCUUGAACAGAUCUCUGGUUCUUCCCAUUCCGUUGUUUUCCUCUAUUUCUUUGCAUUGCUCGUUUAAGAAGGCCUUCUUCUCUCUCCUUGCUAUUUUUUGGAAAUCUGCAUUCAAUUUCCUGUAUCUUUCACUAUCUCCCUCGCAUUUUGCUUGCCUUCUCUCCCCCGCUAUUUGUAAGGCCUCGUUGGACAGCCACUUUGAUUUCUUGCAUUUCCUUUUCAUUGGGAUGGUUUCCGUUGCUGCCUCCUGUAUAAUGUUACGAGCCUCCAUCCAUAGUUCUUCAGGCACUCUGUCCACCAAAUCUAAAUCCUUAAACCUGUUCCUCACUUCCACUGUGUAUUCAUAAGGGAUUUGACUUAGAUUGUAUCUUACCGGCCCAGUGGUUUUUCCUACUUUCUUCAGUUUAAGCUUGAAUUUUGCUGUAAGAAGCUGAUGAUCUGAGCCACAGUCAGCUCCAGGUCUUGUUUUUGCUGACUGUGUAGAGCUUCUCCAUCUUUGGCUGCAGAGAAUAUAAUCAAUCUGAUUUCGAUGCUGCCCAUCUGGUGAUGUCCAUGUGUAGAGUCGUCUCUUGUGUUGUUGGAACAGAGUGUUUGUGAUGACCAGCUUGUUCUCUUGGCAGAACUCUAUUAGCCUUUGCCCUGCUUCGUUUUGAAUUCCAAGGCCAAACUUGCCAGUUGUUCCUUUUAUCUCUUGACUCCCUACUUUAGCAUUCAUUCCAAUCCCCUAUAAUGAGAAGAACAUCCUUCUCUGGUGUCAUUUCUAUAAGGUGUUGUAAGUCUUCAUAGAAUUGGUCAAUUUCAGUUUCUUCAGCACCAGUGGUUGGUGCAUAAACUUGGAUUACUGUGAUGUUAAAAGGUCUGUGUGCUGGUCCAGGGGGAAGGUUACCGUGGGGCGAGGUCUAGGACCUGAGUCGAGGGUCGGCAGACAGUCCUCCACGGGCGAAGCGGGGUCCACAGCGAGGAGCCGGGCAAGGACAGAAACUCUGGGGGAACCGGACUGGGUGCUGGCCGAAACAGCUCUUCAACGAUGUUGCUCCCGCAACCUGGGACCGGGCUGACUGGCCUUUAUCUUCUCUGAGGCCAGGGGCGGUCCUGGCCCCUAGGAGACCUGCCUCUCCUGGCCUUAAGGCGAGCACUCCUCCUGGGAGAAACCAGUUCCCUUCGCCUCUCUGCCCUGAGCCUCUGCAGUUCAGGAGAGGCUGAAGGGUUACUGGACCCAGGGGGAGACUCACUUGUAGGCACUGAGUCCUCAACCACCUCCGGAGCCAUUGGACUUUCCUUUCGCUUCCAGGCAUAUCCGCAACUGAGCGUCCUUUCGGCUUUGGCCCAGCGCUUCAUCAGCUCUGAAUCUACUUGUACUUGUCCUCUGCUCUUCCUCAGUAGCAUGUUGGACGCCUUCCGACCUGAGGGGCUCAUCUUCCAGCAUCAUAACUUUUAUAUGCCUGUUGCCUUUGUCCAUGGAGUUUUCUUGGCAGGGAUACUGGAGUGGCUUGCCGGUUCCUGCUCCAGGUGGAUCACAUUUGGUCAAAACUCUCCACUAUGACCUGUCCAUCUUGGGUGGCCCUGCUUGGCAUAGUUCAUAGCUUCUCUGAGUUAUUCAAGCCCCUUCGCCACGGCAAGACAGUGAUCCAUGAAGGGGACUCUGAGUAGUACAUAGAUUCAAUUUCUUACCCUCCCUUCACCGUAAGGUCCCAGAAUAGGUUACAGCAAUAUAAAACGUUAAAAUUUGUUGGAUGCAUUCCUUAUACAUUUGGGCAGCUGUAGAAUUGCACCCUAAAUAAAAAAUAAGAUCUUUGAUGGUGUUUCAGGGAUUCCUUCCUCUUGGCACUCUCAAGGAAUGUGGGCUGAGGCGCAACCUUUAGCCAUCUGUCCUCAAACAAGUCCUCCAUUCUGGUUCCAGUUAAGCCCCACGGAAGGCUUUCCAGAAGCCCAAUGGUGUCCUGGGAGGGAUGUUUGAGGUGUGGAAAUCACAGCGCACAGGCAGGGAGGGCCAUCCUUCUGCCUGCAGCUGCAGCUCUCAGUAUUAUUGCUACUGCAGUGGUAACCUCGGGUUAAGAACUUAAUUCGUUCUGGAGGUCUGUUCUUAACCUGAAACUGUUCUUAACCUGAAGCAUCACUUUAGCUAAUGGGGCCUCCUGCUGCCGCCGUGCAAUUUCUGUUCUCAUCCUGAAGCAAAGUUCUUAACCCGAGGUACUAUUUCUGGGUUAGCAGAGUUUGUAACCUGAAGCGUCCGUAACCCGAGGUACCACUGCAUUUACUUCCAUAUUAUUAAUUAUUAGGCUUGUUUGCCCCAGCUGACCAUUCCCCUGCCCAGCACAUGAAUAAUUAUAAGAAUAAAUUUUGCGUUAAAAUUGUUACGUGGUUACAUCUUCUAAGUACCAGACCAUUAACAGGGCAGUGCUUAGCAUGCCUACUCAGAAGUAAGCCUCCACAUUCAAUGACGCUUACACCCAUGUAAGUGUGCAUAGAAGUGCCCUGUUGGUGCAGCCAACAAAAUCAGAGGUGGCCAUUUCACAUUAAAAACUUCCAUCAAAUAGGAAUAAGGUUUUGGUAUUUCCCCAUUUUUAUAAAUGAAAAGGUUUCUAGAUUUGUAGCAUUGUGCCAGGUAUGCGUCAUUAAUAUUAUUCUACUUCUCAGGUACUAAUUUCUAUUUGACUGAAAUGGACUCAAAACAAAAUAUCUCAUCUGAAGAUGGCUCUCUUCCUCCCUAUGAGCAACAUGAAGACCCCUUUGAAUCAAAACUUUCAAAAGAAGCUGACAUAGUUGCUGGAUUUUAUUUAUUAAUAAUUGGUAAGAUUUUCAAAUUAUUCCCAUGAAUAUACCGUAUAGUACUAUCUCUGGAUGUCUGCAAAGGAACUAGAUAUAUCCAAAUAUCAACCAUGAAAAUAAAGUGUGGGUGGAUAAUAUUAGUUUUGAUUUCCAUCGCGCCCUAAUCUGAUGGGGGACCCCACCCCCCUUUAUCCCCCCUUUGGCAGCUUCAUGAUAGCCAUUUUCCUGUUAUUAGAUGGUUAUGGGGAUUCCAAAAUGUAUUGCGAAUGGAAGCUUCAUAAGCCAUUCAUCUGUUAAAAUUUGGCCUCAAGGUGGCUCACAUUAUGUCAAAUCAAUAACAAUAAAUAUAACAGAACACAUAUUGGGGGAAAUUACAAAUAAUCAUAACAGGUAGAAUUCACCACUGCGGGGGAGGCGCCUCUGCUUGUGCAGCAAAGCUUUGCGUACUUUUCCUCUCCCUACAGCCCCCUUUGCAUCUCCAAAAUCUGCCCUAGAGCAUCUGCCCAACCCUCUGGGGCAGAUUUUGAGCUGCACAGAGGGAUGCAGGGGGAAGAAGAGGAAAAGGAAACCUUGUCAUGCAAGCCAAAGUCUGUCAUCUAGUCCAACCACUGCAAUGCAAUCUUGUGCCCAAGGUGGGGCUUGAACCCACAACCCUGAGAUGAGGAGUCCCGUGGCCUCGGCCCUGUAGGAAGACAUGCCAGGGUUUCAAGCCUUUGCUCAAAUGGGAAGCCCUGAUCCACAAGAGGCACCCAUGUAAAGGCCUCCCAUGAAAACGAUGGAAAGGGGCAUGUAUGGCGGAAGAGGCUUGUGCUCUUGGCCCUCCAAGGCUUGAGGGGCUGCCGCGUCAGAAGCAUGCAGGGGCCCCUUUAUUGGCUUCCUGGUUUUCCAGAACCUUGAGCCCAAGAAGGGAAGCGAAGAGGAAGGAAUCGGCUUGGGAGCCUCGGGGCGAAAAAGAGAGAGGGCCGCCAUCCCCGUCCCGGGGCGCCCCAAGACCCGAGUGAGUAGCGCUGAACUCGCCGAAAAUCAAGACAAUAGGGACAAGCACCAGGCUAUAUCCAAACCUUAAAACAGAAAGCUGACUCAGGAGAUCCGCCCGAACUCGUCAGUUCAAAUUGCAAUUUAAAUUACCUUGCCGCAAUUACACUACAAUAAGACUGAAGACAUUUCAUCAGAAUCUAGAGAGCCGAGACGGAAAAAUUCUUUAUUGCAACUUACAUUGUGCAUAAAGACAAAGGAACGGGAGCAAGAGGGGGAAGGGAAACCAGGCGGGAACCCGCCCCCCCCAUAUCAGAAUUAAAGGCAGAAAAACAGAAAACAUCCUUGCAAAUAAAGCAUGGGGAGAAAGAAGCGCGGCGUGGAGGGACGGAGCGGGAAAGCGAAGGAUCCCCUCGGGAGGAAGGGCGGCGGCGGCGGCAGAAGAUCGGGCUGAGUUGGUCGCGCGGAGGAGCGGAGGAGCAUCAAGAGAGCGAAGGGGAAGAGGACAAGGGCUGGAACAGGGAGGAAGGGAGACCAGCAGCGAGCCAAAGGGAAGGAAAAUGGCAGUGAGAAGAAGCGGAGUCAUCGCCGCCGCCUCCUCCUCACGGCUGGCUGUAAAACAGAAAAACAAAAAACAGGAAGAAACUUCGAUGGCCAGAGUGAAGAGAUACAACCAGGAUGGCAAGGACACCUAGGGGAGGGACAAGGCAACUGCACCUCCAAAGAUAGAAAUUGGUUUUUUUAUAUAUAUAGACCAAUACCAUCUGCCUCACGACUAUAGGAGUAUCCCAUCCAUCCCAACAACAGAAUCUACUAUUCAGUUCCACAAGACUGCUCAAUUAAUCAAUUUUAUAAGCAUUUACUAACCUGUAUGAAUUCAAAGAGCCUGUUGAUUUAUAUUGAUGCUAUUUGUUCUUGUUUAGUCAUUUAGUCGUGUCCGCCUCUUCGUGACCCCCUGGACCAGAGCACGCCAGGCCCUCCUGUCCUCCACUGCCUCUCGCAGUUUGGUCAAUCUCAUGCUGGUAGCUUCGAGAACACUAUCCAACCAUCUCGUCCUCUGUCGUCCCCUUCUCCUUGUGCCCUCCAUCUUUCCCAACAUCAGGGUCUUCUCCAGGGAGUCUUCUCUUCUCACGAGGUGGCCAAAGUAUUGGAGUCUCAGCUUCAGGAUCUGUCCUUCCAGUGAGCACUCAGGGCUGAUUUCCUUCAGAAUGGAUAGGUUUGAUCUUCUUGCAGUCCAUGGGCCUCUCAAGAGUCUCCUCCAGCACCAUUGAUGCUAUAAAAAGCAAUUGAUUGCAUGGGUCCCUCAAAGUUUGUAAAGUGAUAUAAUUUGAUAAACUGAUAAAUCUGAUACAUUGGUAUUAUGCAAUUUAACGGAUAUAAAGGUGUACAAAUAGAAUUACAGAAACAAAUUAAUCCCUUUUUAUUUAAUUGGGGUGUGAUAUAUUGCUCCACAAGUUAUCAUUGUUAAAGGAAGGAUUUGGAAUUUAAGAUCUAGUAACCCCAAAUGGGGGAUAGUUAACUGACCAAGUCCCACCCAGUUCUCUCUAAAAUAAGGAAGUACAGAUACUGAGGCUCAUUUUUAAUUUUAAUUCUAUAUAUUUUCUUAAUCUUUUUAUUUUAUUUCAUUAUAUUUGUUGGAAAACUGUAAAUAAUAAUCAAAAGGAGUCAACUAAGACUGGGACAAAGUUUAUACUUGUGUGUACAUAGAGAGACAGUCAUAAUGGCAAAUAAGAAAAAUCAAACCACACAAAUGACCUCCACAGUAGCCUCAAGACAUCAAUCAGCUGAACUAGACACCAAUGUAGACCAAAGAGAGCUCAUCAUAGGAAUGAAUAAAUCAAUAAAUGACAAACUUGAUAAUAUGGGCAGCAAGAUAGAACAGAAUUCCAAAUUAAUAAUGGAUCUAUCUGGACAGCUAAAAUAUUUGACUACCAAGAACAUGGAAACAGAGAAAACUGUUCAAGAUCUAAAAUCCAGAACUAAUAAGCAUGAGGAACUCACAAAAGAAAUAACUAAGAAGAUCCAUAACGAGAAUAAAGACCUGAAGAGGGUCCAGAAUACAAUCAUGGAGGAAACGGCGGAAUUAAAGAGUGUGCAGGAGGAAACAUCUUGGGAUGCAUCGAAGAGAACUCAUUCUGUGCUUUAGAGGUGACCCAGAAACUCAAGAUGAAGAUAUAGAAGCUAAACUAUCAAAAGAGCUCACCAGUUGGCUAGGAGUACAAAAAGAUGAAUUGCUACAAGAUAUAGAUAAAAUAUUCAGAAUAAGAUCAGGAAAACAAACAAGUCAACCAAAGGACCAGGAGAUUGCCUGGUCUUUUUGAAUUCAAGACUGCUGAAAGAUAAAAUUUUGCAGAAAAGGAAACUGGUGAUUGACGAGAAAUAUAUACAAAGAAAUACCAAAAAGACUUCUUAAAAAGAGACUGAAUUACAGGACAAUAACAGAGGCCUUAAAGAGCAAUCAUGUAAGGUACAAAUGGGAAUUCCCUGAGAGGAUUUCCUUUACAUUUAAAGACAGGAGGAAGACCUUCAGAUCUGUUGAAGAAGUUUCAAAAUUCUGGCGAAGAUAUAAGAGAGAACUGGGGGGGGGGGGAGAGGCAUCACAGGAAAGCGAAGAGACACUGGAGGCCACGGGAGGGGAGUGAUAACAACAAACAGCCCAAAUCCAUAUAUUUCUAUUGCACGUCUUUGAAUAUUGAAACUAAUAAAAAUUGAUGAAUUUAAAUAUUAUCUCUUGGAAUAUUAAUGGUUUCUUGAUGAUUAAUGGUUUCUUGAUUCUGUGGAUGAAUUUUUGACACAAUGAAAAUAGAAAACAAAAAUGGGUGCUUUUCAUUUAAGCAGCCUUUCCAUUAGUGUGAAUCUAUUUUCCGUCAAGGUUUUCUUCUGUGAACACUUUACCAUUGAAUCCAUUGUAGGGUCAAAAAGCUUUAUGUCUCAUGAUUUUAUUAAUAGUGUUAUGAGUUGUGGGGAGGAGGUUAGGCUAUAUGCCUGAGCCCCUUUCUAAUUCCUCGAUCCAGCAUGGUAAUUUCCUGCCCAGUGUGGGUUGGUAAGGAAAGAAAGGGAGUGGCUCUGUGCCAGAGGGCAAAUGGGUGCACCCCUCCACUGUCUGUUAGGAAGACAAAAGGCCAGAGUCAAGAGGGGAGGGAGAUGAGCUAGAAGCUGGAGGCAAAAGCAGCAGCCUGGGAAGCCAGAGACAGAGCCAGGCCUGAAUUCUGCUGGGACCCAAGGCUGUGGCUCUGGGAGAAGCAGGACCUUCUUGGGGUGUUAACACUGGGGACCCCUCCAUCGCAGGCUCAGGUUGUAUAUACAGGUGCCCCCCUCCUUACGUGUGAUCAUAUAGCACGCAACCAUGUAUAUGCGCUAAAUAAAAAGAGUCAAACCUGGAAAUGGCGGGAGAGAGCUGGAGAGUCCUUGUGGCUCACAAAGAGACCCUCGCUGAAACCUGAUGAGGACGUCCAUGAGGGCAGAGGAAGCCCCAAAGAGACCAGAGGCACAGCAAGGCUUUGUUUAGGCUGCUCAGCCUCCCUGCCUAACAGCGCACCCUCCAGCCUCCAGCUGCCCCCAGAGCUUCAACUCCAGAUAUUUUGGUCUGGAUUGGGGAGAGAAAGCUGGGAAGCAGGACAAAAAAUGGGCAUUUAGAGGCUUUUCAGAGGGUGCUCCUCACAUGAUUUUUGCUUAGGUACUCAGGGGCCUAGCACGUAACCCACGUGCAAGUGGGGGAACACCAGUAUUUGUAAAUAAACCAUAUAUCAUACAGACACCGUUGUCUCCGCCGUGUCUCAUUGUCCCAAAGGAAACCUGGACCCUGAGGGAACGCUUGGACCCCCUGGGAUCUUGCACAGCUCAGAGAUUGGGGUGGCAGGCAACAGUAGUUUUUCCCUAGGACUGUGACCUGCCUAUGUGUAAAUACACAUAUACUGUUUUCUCACCAUGGUUACAUUCAAGAUAUGAGCCAGUUACAGCUUUUAAGAACAUAUCUACAUCAUAGAUCUAAAAUGGUUUGAUAAUAGCUCUCUUUACCCAGACAACCUAGGAAAGUAUUCUUCUGUGAAGGAGGCUCUUUCUCUUUCAGAAAUCUGAUUUUCACACAGGUCUUUAGUGUAACUUCUUCUGGAAUGAAGUGGGCACCUCCUUCCUCAGGGGACUUGAAAUUAGUAACACAUCAAAGAUGACAUCUCUUUGUCCACACUUGAUACAGUGCUAAUUGUGUAGAUGCAAUUUGCAUGCCCUGUUUUUCCAGUGCAAAGAGCUGUCCUGGAGAGGGUGGGAGAGGCACAGUCCAGGACCGCAGUGGAUGGGGCAAAAGGGUUAGUAUUUAACUCACACCCUGCCAUUCCAAUGAAAAUUAUUGCCCCCCCCCACAUCCCAAGGUACCCCAAGGGGACUUCCUUUUUGGCGUUCACCCCCCUCCUCUCCAACUGCACAACAGCAUUUGCAUUUUUAGACAUGCGCAGAUUGAUGUCACAUCUGAUGUGGCCUUUGGAGCCCAUACUGUGAUGAUGGUGAAGAAGCUUCAUUUUGUUGCGCCAUGGGGUGAAUCUUGUGGCAAAAGAAUGUCAAGGGAACAGCAAUGGCUGAGCUCUCCAGCUCUUUAUCCUAGUCUUGUUCAUUUCAAGAAUCUUACAGUUCGUUUUCAUUGCUGUGUAUGCAAGUGGAGCAGAAAUUAAUUCAGUUCUGGGGAAAAUAUUUUGAAGUUUCUUUUGAGUACACCAACACCAUUUUUGUUUGAUUUUUCAUUACAGGGAUUAUGUCCACUUUAGGCAAUGGAUAUGUCCUUUAUAUGUCUACACAACGGAAAAAGAAGCUGAGGCCUGCUGAAAUAAUGACUGUCAAUCUAGCAGUGUGCGACCUGGGUAUUUCAGGUAAUUUAACUUGAGCUGAGCUGAGAAUGAAAAUAUUACCAUAGUUCCUGUUCCUAUGGACAGGCAUGGACUCUACAUGGUUUUCACAUUCAGAUUUCGGUUGGCAUCAUUUCUGCCUUGAGUAAUGAUUAUAGAAAAUCAUUAGCAACAUUCAAAGGCCCAAACGUUUAGCACUUCCACAGGUUACUUGGUCUAACAUAUAAGUGAUCAACAUUGUUAAAUUGAUUGCUUAAACAUGACAGUUUUGUUUUCUUUUUAGCCUUAUAUUUAAUCAUUUAUUAUUUUAAGAAACAUUGAAAAUUGUGUGUGUGAGAGAGAGAGGGGAGAGAGAGAGAAAUUCACAAACAGCAGAAAUGAGGAAUCCUGCAAAUUUAGAUGUUCUUACCAAAAUUUGCUGUGCUUCCUUGAACCCACUGUACAUAUUCACUCUGAUAGCUACAGUGUGUGUUCUCAUGACAUCAUUCUGUGACAUUUUUCAUUUAAAAAAAAUCCAGUUCUGAAGAAAUGUAGCCUUUUUUUAACAAGAAUAAUGAAAUAAUUUAUAUCACUUAAGUUACAUUAAUAUUCAGGUGACUUAUUGAAAUCACAUAAUUCACACUUUCAAAACAAAAACAGCAGCUAGAACUGCCAUGGUUCAUAUCUGAAGGCAAAUUUGUUCUGGCAAAGCAGUAUUAGGAAUAUCAUAGUUAGAUAUAAUUAUCUAACCUCCAGCUCCUUCCUGCAUUGCAGUUCUUUCAUGAAGACUUCUCUCAGUCUCCAUGACCUUGCCUGGGCUGUCUUCCAUUGCCCCUGUUCCCCCCUGAACUCUCCAUUGUCCGUAUGCUAUACAGCACCUUGCAUCCUGCUAGGGAUAAAUAAAUAUUUAUUGGUAAUGAUAUCAGAUACCACCUUGCACCUGGAACCCCAUCUUGGUCAAAUGUGUUUUGGAAAUUAAAAUGUUUAGAAUUCAAGCGUCAGAGUUCUGAAAUUACGUAAUAGCUGAAUGUCAGCAAAACAUUCUAGCUUACUAAUCUCGACCUGAGAAUGAAUAAUUAUCCAUGAAGUGUUGUUGGUUUUGGUUGUUGUUCUUCUCAGUAAUUUAUUUGCAUAAAAGGCAGAUCUGUUUAUACUCUGCAAAUCCUGCCAUGUCAUUCUGUUUUUGAAGAUGCUGUUUUGCGCUGCUUGAAAAGUUCACUUUCGCGCAUCUCUUUCUUGAAGUGCUGCUUUGAGGGCGGCACUGCAAGAUCAUUGAACUCUGUGCUUUCCAUUCCAGUGCUGGGAAAGCCUUUCAGCAUCAUUGCCUUUUUCUCCCAUCGAUGGAUUUUUGGUUGGAGUGCCUGCCGCUGGUAUGGAUGGGCAGGUUUCUUUUUUGGCAUCGGAAGUCUUAUCACCAUGACAGCAGUCAGCCUGGAUAGAUAUUUCAAAAUCUGCUACUUAUCGUAUGGUAAGUGGGGUGGGGUGGGGAGGAUUAAUGUCCCUCCUUUAUUUUGGAAACUAGAGAGUAAAUUUCUCUUUCCAUCAAUUUAAGCCGCAAACUUUUGUUCAGAGGAAUGUCAUCCAAGAAUUGUGUCCUUGUAAAUGGGCAAGAAUUAAUAAAAAUCCCUUUGUGCUCAUAAAAUUGAUGUAGAAAACAUCAGGAGGUCUAAAGUCAUUUGAAUAGUCAGAUGGUUAGUUAAACAUAACUGUAGUGUUAUAAUUACUUUAGAAUUAGAAUUUUGAGUGACUGCUAUGAGUUGGAUAAGAUGGGUAGAAAUUAAAAAGCAGACGAGAAAUCCAAAAACUAUACAGUUAGGCAUAAUAAACUAGAAAAGAUUUCUUAAAUCUUAGAUUUAAAAAGUUUUUAGAAAAUAUCUGGCCAACAAUAUCACAGACCCAGAUAAAACACAAUCCAGAUCUAUUUCCACCCACGUGGAAACUCUGAGCAGUUCCACUCUGAGCCUUUUCUCCAGCCUGUGUAUGUGUUUGUUCAAGUGUGAGUGCAUGCGUGCACGAGAGAGAGAUUUUUUGCCAGGAUCCUGGCAUUAGGGAAAGGGCCAAACACUGCUACUCAUCUCACUGCUGGUCCAGAUCCUGAUUUGGAUGCAAUGCAACUGAUUUAAAAGAAUAUUUAAAAGGGUGUGAAGGCAAUGUUACCUGAAGGCGACAGACAGAUCAUAGAGAUCAGAAAUCUAUAGAGCCCAUGUCUGAGCAACUCUCUAGCAAUGGGAUAGCUGUGCCCUGACUCACCUUAACCCUCCAGUUUAAGAAGGCAGAUUUCCUAAGCUCUGAAAAGAAGAGGAAGCAAAAGGGGCAAAACCUGAGAGGCCACAUUUAGCUUACAGUAUAAUGUCAUGCCCCCUUUGAAUAAUUCAGAGAAGCUAUGAACUAUGCCAAGCAGGGCACUCAAGAUGGACAGGUCAUAGUGGAGAGUUUUGACCAAACGUGAUCCACCUGGAGUAGGAACCGGCAAGCCACUCCAGUAUCCCUGCCAAGGAAACUCCAUGGACAAAGACAACAGGCAUAUAAAAGUUAUGAUGCUGGAAGAUGAGCCCCUCAGGUUGGAAGGCGUCCAACAUGCUACUGAGGAAGAGCGGAGGACAAGUACAAGUAGAUUCAGAGCUGAUGAAGCAGCUGGGCCAAAGCCGAAAGGACGCUCAGUUGCAGAUAUGUCUGGAAGCGGAAGGAAAGUCCAGUGCUGUAAAGAAAAAUAUUGCAUAGGAACCUGGAAUGUAAGAACCAUGAACCUGGGUAAGUUGGAUGUGGUCAAAAAUGAGAUGGCAAGAAUAAAUAUUGAAAUCCUGGGCGUCAGUGAACUAAAAUGGACGGGAAUGGGCGAAUUAAGUUCGGACGACCAUCAUAUCUACUACUGUGGGCAAGAAUCCCGUAAAAGAAAUGGAGUGGCCCUCAUAGUCAACAAAAGAGUGGCGAAAGCUGUACUGGGAUGCAAUCUCAAAAAUGAUAGAAUGAUCUCGAUACGAAUCCAAGGCAGACCUUUUAACAUCACAGUAACCCAAGUUUGUCAGGGUGGCGCUGUGGGUAAAACCUCAGUGCCUAGGGCUUGCCGAUCGCAUGGUCGGUGGUUCGAAUCCCCGCGGCGGGGUGAGCUCCUGUCUUUCGGUCCCAGCUCCUGCCCACCUAGCAGUUCGAAAGCACCCUUAAGUGCAAGUAGAUAAAUAGGUAAACGGCGUUUCCGUGUGCUGCGCUGGUGCUGGCUCACCAGAGCAGCUUCGUCACGCUGGCCACGUGACCCGGAAGUGUCUCCGGACAGCGCUGGCCCCUGGCCUCUUAAGUGAGAUGGGCGCACAACCUAGAGUCGGACACGACUGGCUCGUACGGGCAGGGGUACCUUUACCUUUACCUUAACCCAAGUUUAUGCACCAACUACUGGUGCUGAAGAAACUGAAAUUGACCAAUUCUAUGAAGACUUACAACACCUUAUAGAAAUGACACCAGAGAAGGAUGUUCUUCUCAUUAUAGGGGAUUGGAAUGAAUGCUAAAGUAGGGAGUCAAGAGAUAAAAGGAACAACUGGCAAGUUUGGCCUUGGAGUUCAAAACGAAGCAGGGCAAAGGCUAAUAGAGUUCUGCCAAGAGAACAAGCUGGUCAUCACAAACACUCUGUUCCAACAACACAAGAGACGACUCUACACAUGGACAUCACCAGAUGGGCAGCAUCGAAAUCAGAUUGAUUAUAUUCUCUGCAGCCAAAGAUGGAAAAGCUCUAUACAGUCAGCAAAAACAAGACCUGGAGCUGACUGUGGCUCAGAUCAUCAGCUUCUUAUAACAAAAUUCAAGCUUAAACUGAAGAAAGUAGGAAAAACCACUGGGCCGGUAUUCAAAUCCCUUAUGAAUACACAGUGGAAGUGAGGAACAGGUUUAAGGAUUUAGAUUUGGUGGACAGAGUGCCUGAAGAACUAUGGAUGGAGGCUCUCAACAUUAUACAGGAGGCAGCAACGAAAACCAUCCCAUUCCAUGUAUGGAAGUGAGAGCUGGACCAUAAAGAAGGCUGAUCGCCAAAGAAUUGAUGCUUUUGAAUUAUGGUGCUGGAGGAGACUCUUGAGAGUCCCAUGGACUGCAAGAAGAUCAAACCUCUCCAUUUUUAAGGAAAUCAUCCCUGAGCGCUCACAGGAAGGACAGAUUCUGAAGCUGAGACUCCAAUACUUUAGCCACCUCAUGAGAAGAGAAGUGUGAUGGCCUGGGAAUUGGAUUCAGAGGCUGAACCUGAGGAACCCCAGCCUGCACUGCCAGGGCCGGCUGAGCCAGGGCUGGGGCUUGAACCUGAAGGGCCCUCACCUGUGCCGGAUCCUCAGGAGUAGACACCAGCUGAAUCCACUCUGGCUCCGGAGGUGAUCGGGGACCCAUUGCCUGCAGGUGCUCCACUAUCAGCCCUGUCAGGGGAAGGUGAGAUUGCCUCUGGGUCCAGUAACCCUCCAGCCUCUCCUGAGCUGCAGAGGCUCAGGGCAGAGAGGCAGAGGGAACUAAGUUCUCGCAGGAGGAGUGCUCGCCUUAAGGCCAGGAGAGGCGAGUCACCUGUGGGCCGGGACCGCCCUAUGCCUCAGAAGAGAUAAAGGCCAGUCAGCCCAGUCCCAGGUUGCGGGAGCAACAUCGUUGGUAACCUGUUCCUGCUGGCACCCUGUCCUGCUCUUCCAGAGUUCCUGACCACGCCUGGCUCCUGGCCUUGGACCCCGCUUCGCCCUUGACGGACAGCCUCCAUACUCUCGACCCAGGACCAGACUCAGACCACGCCGCAUGGUAACCCUCCCCCCCCGGGACCAGCACAAAGAAGACUCCCUGGAAAAGACACUGAUGUUGGGAAAGAUGGAGGGCACAAGGAGAAGGGGACAACAGAGGAUGAGAUGGUUGGACAGUGUUCUCGAAGCUGCCAGCAUGAGUUUGACCAAAUUGUGGGAGGCAGUGGAAGACAGGAGUGCCUGGCGUGCUCUGGUCCAGGGGGGUCACGAAGAGGCGGACACAACUAAACGACUCAACAACAUAAUGUCAUGCAGAUUCCCUGUAAAGUGCAAGUAUGCAAAGAGCAGCAAUUCCACAAUAGAUGUGGAAGGAGCCUAAUGUGUGGGGGUUGUGAUCUUGCGCCCCUGGCAGAACCAUCUAGAUUGCGCCUCCCAGACACGGACAAAUUAGCUCUUCUUUCUGCCUCUCCUCCAACCCCCCUCUCCAUCCAUUCAAUUCCUCACACACUUCAGUUGCUCACACACUAAUCAAUAUUUUUAUUUAUAGAUGUAUUUAUGGACAUAUUUUAGCCCAUUUUGUGCGCGCGCCCCUCGCCUGCCUAGCGGGGGCCUUCCUCCCCCCCCCAGCUACAGCCCUGUGUUUUCAUGGGGUCACUGCCAUAUGAGGAGGGCACCGAGAUCAAUGGGAGGGGCCCGUACAAUUAUGCCAAACCUCCAUGGUUGGUAAUUUAAACAUUCUCCCAGGGACUUUUAAAAGGUCUGAUAAAUUGGAUUACUCACAUGUGUACAUGUACAGUGGUACCUCGGGUUAAGUACUUAAUUCGUUCUGGAGGUCCGUUCUUAACCUGAAACUGUUCUUAACCUGAAGCACCACUUUAGCUAAUGGGGCCUCCCGCUGCCACUGCGGCGCUGCCACAUGAUUUCUGUUCUCAUCCUGAAGCAAAGUUCUUAACCUGAAGCACUAUUUCUGGGUUAGCAGAGUCUGUAACCUGAAGCGUAUGUAACCUGAAGCAUAUGUAACCCGAGGUACCACUGUAUAUUUAUUGCAUAGGCAUGUUUUUAGCAUUUACUUAGCAAUAAUACAUUUAUUCUUUUCUAGGUACUUGGCUAAAGAGAUGCCACGCCUUUAUCUGCUUGGGAAUAAUCUGGUCCUAUGCUACGUUUUGGGCAACAAUACCAUUUGCUGGCUUGGGAAAUUAUGCUCCAGAACCAUUUGGGACCUCGUGCACCCUGGACUGGUGGCUAGCUCAAGGUUCUGUGGCUGGACAGGCUUUUAUUAUGAAUAUCCUUUUCUUCUGUCUCUUAUUCCCAACUGCAGUGAUCAUGUUUUCCUAUAUUAAAAUAAUAGCAAAGGUCAAGUCAUCCACAAAAGAAGUAGCUCAUUAUGACACCAGGAUUCAAAAAACCCAUGUGCUGGAAAUGAAGUUAACUAAGGUGGGUACAGGACUCCCAGUGGUUUUUGGAAGUCAUCUGCUUGGACUGAAGGAUAAAAGUUCAAUCAAACUUUUGCCUGCUCACCCAGAGAGCAUAGGCAUAUUUUUGUGCGCUGUUAUGUCCAAAUCACAGUUUUGUAUCCAUCUAAAUCACGCGGAUGACACUGUGGGUUAAACCACAGAGCCUAGGACUUGCUGAUCAGAAGGUCGGCGGUUCGAAUCCCUGUGACAGGGUGAGCUCCCAUUGCUCGAUCCCAGCUCCUGCCAACCUAGCAGUUCGAAAGCACAAAGUGCAAGUAGAUAAAUAGGUACCACUCCAGCAGGAAGGUAAACAGUGCUUCCGCGCACUGCUCUGGUUCACCAGAAGCGGCUUAGUCAUGCUGGCCACAUGACCCGGGAGCUGUACGCCGGCUCCCUCGGCCAAUAAAGCAAGAUGAACACUGCAACCCCAGAGUCGUCCACAACUGGACCUAAUGGUCAGGGGUCCCUUUACCUUUACCUAAAUCACACGCAGAAUAGAAGUCACUCGACUUGGGCUAGCCAUGUCCAUGGAUUUCAGAGGGCCUUCUCCAAGCCUGACUGGUGGAUUAUUCACCAUCCAUGGGGUGAACGGUAUGUCUCCCUCCCAUCCGUACCCCAUAGAGGGUGAUGGGUGGGUGGGAAAAUAUCAUACAAUCUGCCACAUCCAUGUGAUUCGCCUGCCUAUUAUUGGAGCAUCAUGGAAGAAGACAGAGGCUGUUGCAAUAUUGUAUGAAUUAGCCCUAACCUUCAGUGGAGUCCUUCCAUUCUAAUUUUUGCCUCUGUUAUAUAUAUUUUUUAUCUUAUUCUUAACCUUAAGCAUAGAUGUCUGCCAAAAUAAUGUCUGUGUUAUACCAAGUGGAAAUAGAUCUGAAUAUAAAUGUCAAAACUUAAAUAAAUGUGUUCUGGUUUUCUCAAUGUGAAAAAAACCAAAAUCUGUUUGAUUCACAGUAACUGCCUUUUGUUAUACAGCUCACAAUGUACAGUAUAUUCACAUGUCUAUUAUACUAAGUGGGGUUUUAUCCUCAUCAUUUCAUGAAAUGAAUCUUCUCACCAGGUGGCGAUGUUGAUCUGUGCAGGAUUCCUAAUUGCUUGGAUACCCUAUGCAGUUGUCUCCGUGUGGUCAGCGUUUGGAAGGCCAAAUUCAGUUCCCAUCAAAGUUUCUGUGAUCCCAACCUUACUUGCAAAGUCUGCCGCUAUGUACAACCCUGUCAUUUACCAAGUCAUUGACUGCAAAUCUGCCUGUUGCCGGCCAUGUCCUCUCAAGCCACUGCAGAAGAAAACCUCCUUAAAGAGAUCCCAGUAUGUUUUUCAGAAAUGGCCAAUUUCUGCAUGCUGUUGUCAGAGUACUGGUGUGAGUUUGGGGGGGUCAGUCUGUUUGAAACCUGAGUCCCUUCUAGAUUACGGGUCCUGGAUCCAGUAAGGGUUGUAUAUAUGUAGGAAUAACCCAAAUAGCAUAAAGACGCUACAGUCUUCACAUCUCCUCCUUCCAAGGAAGGCAAAGGCCUAGGACCCCGGAAUCUCUCACUGCUCGGAGGCUGGGGUGGCAUGAAACAGUACUUUUCCAAAGACGUGUAGGACUUGUGGGAUUGAAACCUAUUUCUGAAAAUACAUGGGGAUGUAACAUGACAACAAUAUGAGCCAGGGGACCAAACUUGAAGUGAUGGAAGGCCCAAUAAUUCAUAUAUUGAGGGUGAGGAUUAGCAUUUAAGGAAUGCAGACAUACGCCCCCCCCAACAUAUUCCUUCCUCCACCCCAAGCACUAUUCAUCCAGCUGAAUAUACUUCUGGUAUCAGGAUCAGUGGAGGAGGAAAAAGUGCUUAACAACAACAACAAAAGCUGUAGAAAGUAAGUUAAUCUUAUGGGCAGGAGGGUUUUGUAUUCCGCAUUAAUUUUUUACCCAAUUCUGUUCGAGUUCUGUGUUUUAACAUAUGGAAAUGCUGUAUUUACAUGAGAUACUCCUGUAUUUUAGUUGUUUUAACAUUUAUUCAGAUUUUAGGUGUCUCAAGAUAGCAGUUUUGUGGGACAUUUGAUAAAUACACACUCAUUUUCCUUGAUUGUACUCAGAUAUUACUUGGGAUUCAGUUGUGCAAUCUAAAGAGGGAGGAAAAGUCUGGGUGAACACCUUAUUUAUUAUUUAACAUUAAUCAAGAUUAAUAUGACAUCAAGGUCAUAUGACAUUAUUUUAUUUCUUCCCAUAGGCCGUAUACAAUUUCUGCAGAUAACAAUUCUGAAGUAAUUAAUGAAACUCAACUGGACAGCGAAGAAACUCUGUAA